UAUGUUUAUUGUGUAUGUGUAGCUCAGCCCAAUGCUAUCAUGCUAUUGUAUAUAUUCAGUGUUUGCAUGUUUAUGUAGUAACUAAGAGUAUAGUUUUGCUUUAUAAUAAGGCUGCUAAGGUUGUAUCGUCAAUAUGCAGCAUGUUGGUAUUGAAACACUGUAAUAAUGCCAAUAACUUCUUGUCAUUUAGGCAGUGCAUGAUGACCUCAUCCUCACAUUCAAACUUCGGAGUAUCAAGGAAGUCAAAGUAUAAGUUAUCAGCAGAGGGAAUGAGUGGACUCAGCUUAGAAGAAUAUGACCUGCUUGGUGACUCCAAGUACCGCGCCUAUGUGGCUGCGGUGGACAAAACUUUGCGCAACUUUGAGAAUACCAGUGAAUGGGCCGACCUUAUAUCCACACUGGGAAAACUCAACAAGGUUCUGUUGUCUCACAUGAAGUAUCCUGUAGUGCCUAGACGCAUCACCAUCAGUAAGCGCUUGGCCCAGUGUAUGCACCCUGCUUUACCAUCGGGGGUACAUCUGAAAGCGCUCGAAACAUAUGACAUUAUCUUCAAGUGCAUGGGAACCAACAGACUCUCCCAGGAACUCUUCAUAUAUAGUGCAGGAUUAUUUCCUCUCUUCAGCAGUGCUGCCAUGAAUGUACGAUCUGCCUUGCUGACUGUUUAUGAGACACACUUUGUUCCUCUUGGUCCACGUCUAAGGCCAGGACUAAAUGGCUUUCUUUCUGGUAUUUUGGCUGGACUGGAAGAAGGGUCAGAUCACCUAGAGAGAACAUCCCAGCUGCUGUCUCGUGUGGCUGAAGGCGUAGGUCAAGCAGAGUUCUUUGGCUGCCUAUGGGACUGUGUGUGGGGAAACUCUGGGGUGCGUCUUCCUGGCAUCACUCAUAUCAUGUCCUGUUAUAAUAGAAAACUUUCAACUGAAGAUCAACUUUACAUCCUUGGCACAAAUAUUGAUGUUAUGGUUGCAGCAUUAUGUCAGGCCAUGGAAGACAGUAAUGUCAUGGUGCAGAGAGCAGCACUUGACUUGACGCUGGCUGCAUUGCCCAUGCACAACACACAGCUGCUGCGUCCAGACUUAGUCAGAAUUGUGACCUCUGCUAUCUUAGUCCUGCUAAGGAGGGACAUGUCACUCAACAGACGUUUGUAUGCGUGGCUGCUGGGUUCUGAGAUAAACCUCACCCUCCUUUCCUCUGAACACCCAAUCAUGAAGCGCCUCAACAGUGCUGUCAGUGACUCAUCUGUUGAUGAUGGAGUGGAAGUAAAUGCUUAUUUUGAAAGUUUUUCAAGACCACUUUUAGUUGAGGGUAUUGUUGCCUGCUUGAGGACUAGUCAAGGAAAAAAUCCCCCUGACCUGAGGCCGUACAGACUCAUUGUUUCACUGUUGGACAAACCAGAAAUUGGUCCAUACAUCUUGGACAACAUAUUUUUGGAUCUUCUCAGAUGUUUGUAUCACACUUGCCAAGUCCUAAAGAAAACAAGUGAGCCAGUAUCUGAACCCAAUAGCAGGAGACAGAGUGUGACAGAAAAACAAAGUCCUUCAUUGCCUCAGUCACCAGAUGGCACCAGCAAGCCUCCAGGUGAUGGCAAUAGAGGCUAUCAUGAAAUAACAAAAACGGCAACCCUUGUGUUCAAUGCCUUGCAACCAUCAUAUCCUUGGAUGCACCUAACUGAUCUUCUAAGGCAAACUUGUUUACUAAGGAAAGCCUCUAGCAAUAUCAUAAAAGAUAGAGAGAACCUUGUGGUAUUAGUUGAAAAUGUUGGUGACCCAGAGACAAGCGUGUGUGAAGUAUGCACUCUUCUGCAGCACCUGCUUAGUUCACUUCCGCUGGAUACACAGCAGCAGACCCAGGCGUCACGACUGCCAGAGGUACUCUCCACAGUAACUACCCUCCUAACUGACCAUCUCAUGGCUCUGGAUGCUCAGGAACUAUUGGCAGGACUCACUCUCUGCCAAGCCAUUGUACACAAGUUAAUCCCUUCUGUUACUUUACCCCCAUCAAAUUCUUUUUCACGACCAGACUCAAGAACAAGUAUUGCAACAUUUGCUUCCCUGCAACUGAAGGCCUUGUCUCAAGUAAGCCCUGUGAUGCGGCCAGUGUCAGUACCAGAAACUGCAGCCAGAGAGAGUCCGCCUACAGAGUGUGGAAUAGUUCAGAUUGGCAUUGAAGCUAGUGAGGAUGAUACUAAUCCAAAUGAACAAAGCUCAUCUAGUUCACUGGUUGAUGGAAGCUGUAAUAUAAGUGAAAUUUUGGAAGUGGAAGCUGAAACAUCAUUCAUCUCUAGUCCAAGUAAUGUUGAUGAUUGCCAAACAAAGCUAAUAGAGGCAAAAAGCAAUUCUGAAAACAAUGAGCAGUUGGUUGAAAGUGAAACCUGUAACGAAAAAACAGAUGACAUAUUUGAAUGUAGUGAAAUACAAAGCUUAAAUGAUAAAGGUGACAGUGGUUCAGACAUGGAGGUGGAAAUGUCUAUGGCCACAAAGAGAGAAACUGAAAGCAUCACUGAAGCAUCUCUUCCACCACAACUAUUUAAUCAUGAAGGUAGUGAAGAUGAAUUUGAAAGUGCACCUCAGAGCCCAAAUCAAUGCAAGUUUUCCCCAAUACACAGUUAUGUGAAGGAUUUUGAGCGAUUUUUUCUGGAAUUCAUUCAGAAAAGGCUAAUCUCAAGUGACUCAUCUCUCACUGAUUUUCAAAAUGCCCUAUACAGAGGUGAAGUUUUAGGUGCAGACAGCCUGUUAGAACUCAAAUCCUUGCUGAACGAAUGUUUAAUGUGCUGUGAAACUAGUGAGAAAACCAAAGUGUGUCAGAAAGCUGAGAAAAAGUUAUAUCUCUCGUCACCUGGGAGUUCCCCUUCAUUUACUCAUAGACAGCAUCGAAAGAAAAAUAGCAAGAAUGAUGAUCUCCAGUCUGUCAUUCACUUCAGUCCUGAGUCAAGUGAACAGCUGGAAGUAUUUCAGGUGUCAUGCAGUCUCCUAGUGGAUCUUUCCUCUCUGCCCACCACACUUGAUGUUGCCCCUAUCCGUCCAAGCAUAAGCAUUCCACAGUGGCUCUUUAGCUUGUUGGCAUGUGUCAUAUGUGGCCAACAGGUGUCUCCACAAUUCUCCUUGGCAUCAAUAUCAACCCUUUUGGAGUUGGUGAUGCUGGCACAGUCUGAACUCUCUGUGUGGAGAAGAGUAUUCAUGCAGGACAUAGGAACAGAGGCAGGGGUUGUCACUGUCAACAUAACACCCCUUCUACUUCCAACACAUACUCAUAUUCUUCUCCAUCAUACAUCAGUGCAUCAGCAUGUUGCAAGCCAGCUAUGGACUUACCUGGAGCCAAGUCUGAGUCAGUUCCAUGUAACCAGCACAGAACUUCUGCUGCAGCUUCACAGUCUGACCUUACCUUCAGUCUGCAGUGCAACCCUUACCUCAGCACCGCCAAAGUCACCUAUAUCUGUUGUUGAACGACAAAUGCUGUUGGCUUUAACUCGCCAGCUGCCAACCUUCUCCAUGAAAGAUGAAAGUGGAGUUCUUUGGAGUCAUGGGGGAGUAAGGGUGGAAUGUGACAGUGCAGCCAUGCAGCAGUGGAUGACCUUCUGGCAGGUGUCUCGUACUGUUUCAUUAGGAGCUUCUGGAAAGAAGCCAGGAUUUGACAGGUGUCUCUUCUUGAUGGUAGAACGCUUGCAAGGCAGCAGUGGCUCAGAGAGAAGCUUGGCUCAUGCAUGGCUCACUUCUUCUCUUCAACGUAAUGACAUGGCUCGCCUCAUUGAUCCCAUCCUUGUCUUACUGCUCCAUCCUCACACACGCAGAGUCAGUGUGCAACAUGUAAACAUUGAGAAGCUGCCUGCUUCUCAGCAGGGUCAGGGAAAUAAAUGUAUAAUUGAGGAAUCACAGAUCUAUGCCAUAAGUUCAGAAGGUGGAGAAGUUGUGUAUCACGUCAGCAAGGAGGGCAGACAGUCUCACUUAAAAGGUAGACAAGCAAUAGCAUCAAGCAAACACAUACUGGCCCUUACAUCUUUAUCAGGAGAUAGUAAGAAAAUUAUUACACAUAAUGCCAACUUCACUGAAUUUGAAAUGCCCUCAAGCUGUACUCAGCCCCGACAGUCUCCAAUAUCUGUCAUGGUGAACCCCUUCACCCAGCAUCCUUGGAUAGAUAUGGAAGAUAUUGCCAAGAUGAAUAAGCCCUCAAACAUUUCUAAUGCAGUAAGGAUACAUAAUGGCAACUACCAAAAAUCACCCACAAUAUCAUCAGAAGAUGUCAAGAAAAAUCCUCUUACUGGUUUAGAAGAGGAAGAAGACGGUGAAGAAGCUGGAGAAUGGUCACCGAAUCAGAUGGUUCAAGGCAUUCUUGAAGAUAUUAUUGAUUCUGUUGUUUCAAACCACUUCAAGUACCCUGAGAGUGAUGGCUCUAGUGAGCAUGAUACAAUAUCUCAAUCAGUUGUGAGUGAUACUACAACCUCUGAACAAAGUAGACAUCCUUUCCAUUCUCACAUGCUCUUGUACAUGCAGAUUGUUGACAGUGGGCAGUGUCUAAAUGGACUGUCACUCUUGAGGAAUGUCAUUGAAGCACAGCCAAAACUAUCUCUCUUGACUCUUGCUUCAACCAGCAUUAGCUCCUUACAGUCAGCAUCGCCCCUAAUUAUCUUAUUAGCAAGGCAUCGUCGAUCAGUCUUUGGUGACGGGUUUGAUGGGGGGAAUGCUAAUGACAUGGUAAGUCAAUUCCGAUCUACAAUGUACCUGCAAGUUGUUAUCACCGUGUGCCUUUAUUACCUUCGUUCAUACUAUCCCUGCCUUCCACACCUUAGGUUAAGAGAAGAGCACUUACGAGACAACCAAGAAGUGCAGGUGGCCUCAUCUGAGGUUCUCAGUCUUGUUUUCUCUCACCUGUCUUCCCUGGUUACUGAUUCUCCUCGAGGAUUCAUACCAUACAUCACUGAUCUGUUGAGCAAGUGCAAAGUACAGAAAUGUGUUUUACAUUGUUUAUUGUCUACUGUACAUGCUAUGAAUGGAAACAGUGGUCCAGCUUCUCAAGAGACACGGACUUUUACUGAGGAAGUAUUGGAUUACAAUUCUGGGCUGACUAGCCAGUCUGGCAAUAUAACUAAACUAGAAACAUAUCUUGCUAGAGUAAUUGACUUGACCCUAGCCUUGAUUCGCCUGGAGGACAUUUUGGCCACUGAUCGAGCUGAGAGUGGUGUUGUGAAGGAUCCACCCAGCAUAAGUAUGAAGUACUCUGGUAUAAAUUCAGCAAAGUAUCAGCCAGGACAGCCCAUUCCAGCUCAGCCUAUGUUCAUGGAGGUAAUAAGUGUAGCACUGAACCACCACCACAUGCGCCACCUUCAUGGAUUGUGGCUACAUCUGUUCACAGCAUCUUUACCUCACAUGGGCCCCUCCUUGCCAAACAACAGUCUGCGUGUUACCUAUCUGAUUUGUGAAUUGCUGGAGCAUAUGGCAGGAUAUUAUAACCCUGGAGCACAAGCACCCCAAACACCUCCAGACUACACCCUCACCCUGCUGCAGUACCUUACAAACACUGUUCAUUUCUGUCUCCUGGAUCCAGCACAAUCUCCAGCAUUUGGUUCCUCUUCUUAUGCACCAUCAACAACCAUUCCAACUGGCCAGACUGCUGGUCAGAUAUUGUAUAAUCUUCUUCAUGUGUUUUCUCCAGUUGGGGAGAUUGUUGAUGCCCCAAUUGACAAUAGUAAUCUGGAUCCACAAGCUUGUGCUCGCCAUACUCUUCUGUGUCACCUUCCUCGUAUAAUAUCAUCACUACUGUCAUUGUGGGUAGCAACAGGGAACAGCCUAGAGGCCCCUUUCAUUAUGGGAAGCAAGAAAGGUGUUAGACAACAAAUAGUGGAGUUACUCUCACCCAUUUGCCACCACCAGACCCCUCACCUACUGGCAGCUGUUAGUGUUGUGUGGCAGAGCAUUGGUGUUGUUGCAUCAGAGACUGUAAACACAAAAACCAACUCCUCCCAUAAUGGAAUUCACACAAAACAAAGUGGAGUUGGAGGACUUUUGUGGAAUGGCUGUGUCCAACAACAGGCCUUGGUGGAGAUGAUGUCUUUGCUGCGGGUGUUGCCCCUGCACACACUGGUGGCCACUGUGAGACAGGUGGUCAAGCAGCCUCCAAUUGUAGAAGGCUGCCAGCAGACGCUGCCUUUGGAAGUGAGUGUGUUGCAAGUGUUUUAUGUUUAUGCACAGCAGUGUCCUGGAUCUCAACUUGGGGAAUGUUGGUUUCCCUUGUUGUCCAUGGUGAAGGAAGGAACCCUGACCCUCUCUCCACCUGCACAACUUGUUCUUCUUGCCAUUCUCAAUGAGUUUGUCCAGCGAGCUCCACCACUGCAAGAAAAAAAGGAUGUUAAAGAAUUACAGGAAGUGUCAAGCAAAUUGCUGGAAUCCUGCAGUAACAUUGCUGGUUCAGGUCUGGAGCCAACCACCUGGCUACGCCGCAACCUCACUGUGAAGGCAGAGCAUCCAGAGAAGAAGGAGGGUGUCAAUGAUGCACCAGUAUACAGUGUAGCAGCCUUGAGUGUUCUGGCUGAGUUACUGGCACCUCUCCUGGAUGUGCUGUAUGUGAGUGAGGAGAAGGACAAGGUUGUGCCGCUGCUUACCAACAUCAUGGCCCAUGUGGUGCCUUACCUUCGCAAUCACACGCGCAGCAAUAUGCCAGCCUUUGCAGCAUGCUCACAGUUGCUGUCAUCCCUUGCCGGGUACCAGUACACGGUGCGGGCUUGGCGCAGGGAUGUGCUGGACCUGCUGCUGGACACCCACACCUUCAUGAUGCUCCCUCCAAUCCUCACAUACUGGCGCACCAUAGUGGACUACCUCUGCACUCAUGACAAGACUGUAUUUAAAGAAUUGUUAAGUAGAGUCUCUUUGUCUCAGGGCGGUUCUCUUAGCCUUUUCUCCAGCAAAGAGUCAGAAUAUGAAACAAGAGCUGGGCUCUUGAAGAGACUGGCCUUCACCAUAUUUUGCUCGGAGACAGAUCAAUACAUGCGCCAUAUUCCAGAUAUUCAGGAACGUUUGGCUGAAGUGACCAGGUUAGGACAGGUGGUUCCUCUGCUAGUGUCUCAAGUGUUGCUAUGCUUCCGUGUAUUAUUACUGCGUCUUUCACCUCGAGGAGUCACAUCACUGUGGCCUGUCAUCAUUACUGAGUUGGUACAAGUUUUCCUCAUGAUGGAACAAGAGCUGGCUACUGACACAGAGCAGUUCAGCAGCAAAAAAGGGGGAAGCUCCCACUUAAAGCGACUGUCUACCUUGGAUUCAUCAUGGGUGUUUAGUACACAGAAUGGUUUGAAUGCCCACAACAACCCAUCAUGGCUGACCCUCUACCUGUCAGCUUGUAAACUCCUAGAUUUAAUGUUGGCUCUUCCUGCUCAACAUCUACCACAAUUUCAAAUGUAUCGGUGGGCAUUUGUGGGCCCCAUCCCAGCCUCAAGUGCUGAAGAAAACAUGGAGGGUGCUGGAACUAUCCUCCUCAAGAGUUGUGACUUUGUGCCUCACAUUGCCAGGAUUGCCAAACUCAUGGCCAGUAAGAAAGGACCCAAAAACACUAGAACCUUAGAAUAUCAGCCUGGUCACCUGAUGUUAACAGUGACAAGCAUCUCAACACUUACGGACCUUCAACCAUUCUUCAACACCCUUGUGUCUCCUUGCUUUGUCCCUGCUGGAGCCAGUGCUAAUCAGCCCUUCACCGGUACCUAUUCUUCUGCAGCAGCACCACCAGGUACUGGAAAGACAUCAUCUUCAGGAUCAUUGUCUUGCUCCUCCACCUCAUCUUUUUCUCUAGCUCAUAUAGAAGCUGUAAUUGAAAGGGAUUUUUUGGAACCACUUCCCUCUUAGCAAUAUAUGUAUGGAAGUGUGCAUGUGUGUGUGUGUGUGUGUGUGUGUGUGUGUGUGUAUAUGUAUGUGUGUGUGUGUGUGUGUAUGGUUGUCUUUUAACUGGGGUCUGAAUUGGUAGUCAGAUGAUUUGACCACUUCCAAGUUUGACUGUGAUUGUUUCAGCGUAUAAGGUAACACAGUACAAGAAGACUGGACAAUACUGUGCAUAUGUACAUAUCCAUAUAAGGUGGUAGGUGAGUGUAGGAAUUAGAUCUGAAGCAGUGGAGUGUGUGUGGGAGUAUUUGUAAAUUAGCAGCUUAACAUCAAGUAACUCUUGCUGUCAAAAACAUCUUAAGUGUCAUCAUAGUAUUUAUAUUUUUUGUUGAUAUCAAAUGUGUAUAUGAAAAUGUUAUUUGUUGAUUUUUUAGUGUUAUCAGUUAACAUUUAAAUGUAUAAAAAAAACUUUAAAGCAUUACAGGACAUGAAAAACUAUGUGAAUUGAUAGUUUACAUUGCAUAAUGAGUGGUAAUUUGUAGUCAGUUGAUCAAUAAAUAUAUUUUUUCCAA